GUCUGAUCUUUGAGGACAUGGUGGUGGAUCAGCAGCCAGUCAGGACUGCAAGAUAACAUCACAACAACAGACACCAUUAUUGCAACCACUGUGACUACAACGGCAAUAAAUGUAUGCAGCGAGGAUCCUAAUUAAAUGUAGAUCCAUGUGGCAAACCAGCGACAAGGAAGAAAACCCCGAUUUAUCACUGUGUUUUGGAAAGAGGACCUAAGGUGGAGCUCUACUAGAAUCGUCCUGCCUCCCAGCUAACUCGCUAGCAUGCAACUCUGUGGGUGAAUUUGCACCAAAGUAGGACUGUUUGGACAUAUCGAGCUGGACUUUGCACGGACUACCACCACCUCGACCGGUUUCACUUCUCUCCAUGCAGUUAAAGUCAUGCUGGCCUUUGGUCUUGCAGACAUAGCGGGUUAGCUAGCUAGCUAGCUAGCUCGUAGGGUCGUUGGCGCAGCUGGACGCCGAACACACAGCGCUUUGGGCCGGCGUGAGCUGUAACGCCAUGCCGCUGGUUGAAAGUGGCCCAUUCGUAGUGCUAGCGUCAGCGAGCUAACGCUAGCUGGAUAUAGCAGGCCGCUUCAGGUUGUCGGUAGCAUUCCCUGGUCAGCUAAUUAGAUAAAUCACAACUCAAAGCGAGAAGCACCUUUGGCCUUGAUUCUUCACUGUGCUGACUUUAUCAUAAGCCGUAACGGCUGGACUAGCUAAGGUCAGGUAGCCUGCUAAUUAGCUAGUUAGUUCUUUAGCGAAUAACGUUAAUGUAAAGCCAAUUGUAACGUCUGGUUUUGUUGUUGUUUACACUGUACUAGCAUGCGAAUCUCUGCCAGUUACAGUGAGCUUGAAAGAGUGUUAAAAAUGUUGUGGAAAUGUACUUUUCCCUUAUCAAACUGAGGUACGUUGUUUUGUUUGCGGAGUAAUUUGCACUAGCUAGCCAAAUAUACACCAGUGCAGAUAUUAUCGCAAUAUCAAAUAUCACUGUGGUUAAAUUUUAACAUAAUCAAUGCUAGCAUACGACUGAGAAACGUUAGCGUGUGUAGGAUUUAUUUAGGUUUCAGGUGUAAGAAAGCUCAUGUAAACAAGUCUGAGUGUGUGAGAGGUUGUAGUUAGCGUGUAAUUACAAGUUAUCACUAAAUAUCUUUCAGGUAGUCUGGUGCUGUUACCUAAAAUUCAGUUAUGCGGGCUAAAGCAGACACUUUGAGGUUAUCUUUAAUGAAAUAGCUUUACAUAGACACUAAAAGACAUGGCUGUUGUUGACCUUCUGGAGCAUAGCGAGACAUAUCAGCCAUUCAUUCAUGAUUGAUGACCUUUGAGGAAUCAAGCCUUUAUCCUUUUACCCCUCCAGCUACACCACUGCAUCAAACCACUAACAGUCUUUGUUAUAGUAUUUAUUUCUAACCACUAAUGUAAACUAAUGAUUCUUGGAGAGAUUAGUUAGAUUUGAUUGUUAGUUUUAGCCGCACUUUCUUUUAAAUAUCCUACUGACUCCUAACUGGAACUGCUGGUGUGGAUGAGAACAUGAGGAGCGUUUUGUCUCAUCUGAUCCAGCAUCCACGCAGUAUGCGGAUCUGAUCAAAGUGCAACGGAGACUGAGAACGGACGAAUAGAUGAUGAUGAUGAUGAUGGUGGUUAUAAAAGUGGCCCAGUGACAGUGUGAUUCCACACACAGAAGCAGGAGUGUCACAAGGCUGCAGACAUGAGCCUCCGUCAACCCACCUCCACACUGGACAGCCCUUUCGCUGCUUGGCUCAGCAGUCUGACAAUUGGGGACUCGGAGCGCAAAUCCUCUGCCACCCAGCCGAGAGAGCCGACGGCAGACGUCAUUGUUGAGAGUACAGGUCCUGGUCUUGUCCAGAGAUGUGUGGUCGUGCAGAAGGACCAGCUUGGUUUCGGCUUCACAGUGUGUGGAGAGAGAGUCAAGCUAGUGCAGAAUGUCCGACCAGGCGGUGCAGCAGUGAAGGCCGGGGUCCAUGAAGGGGACAGAAUCAUAAAGGUGAACGGUUCGCUGGUGUCCUCCAUGUCACAUCAGGAGGUGGUAAAGCUCAUAAAAUCUGGAACGUAUGUAGCGCUAACACUACAAGGACCGCCUCCGUCAGCUGCCUCCUUGCCCUUAGAGCCCCUCCCCACAGACCUCACACCCAAUCAAAAGAUGUCUGUGGGUGGGGAUGCCCCGCCCCCUCCGCCUCCACCGUUGCCAUCCGGACUGAGCAGCACCCCUUCCCAAAGAAUCACAGGACCCAAACCACUACAGGACCCAGAAGUACAAAAACAUGCCACUCAGAUACUCAGGAAAAUGCUGGAGCAGGAAGAGGCUGAACUGCAGGGCUUGUUGGAUGAGCAGUUGAGGAACCCGUCGCCGUCACUGGAGGAGCGGAUUGAAAGUGCCAAGAGACGAGCUCACCAAGUCAGGGUCAAGAUUCAGCAAGAUCUGGAGGGAACACGAUCAGAAUCUGUCACAAGUUACGUCAUAGCAGGGGAAGGGCGACUAUCAAUGGACUCCAGUGAAGGGGACAUCGAGGCCUUUGAGAGUCCCCACUCCUCCCCCUCAUUUUCCUUCAGGACCCCCCUACACCGACGGCAGAGCUCCGACACACACACCUUAUCUGAUUCGGGUGGAAAGGCCCAGAUCAUCGGCCCGGAGGAGGACGAUGAAGAAGACGACGGCUAUGCAUUUAAUGAAAUGGAUGGUCCAUUUCAGGAUAUUGAGUUGUUGAAAUCACGACCGGCCCACAUGACAGUAUUCAUGAGAUACGUCUUCACCCAGCUUCUGGACCCAAACCCUCUGCUGUUUUACCUGUCGGUAGAGGCCUAUCUAGGCUCCAGUCCUAAAGAUGCCCGUGCACUUGCCCCUCAGAUCUGCUCCCAUUUCCUGGAUCCAGAUGCUCCCCUGAAAAUCAAAGUACGAGAGGAGUAUCUCACAGAUAUAGAAAAUCGACUUCAUGCCCAAGAGGACAUCAGGGGGCCUUUAUCUGAGCUGCAGCAGCAAGUGCUGCCAGACAUCCAGGACCAGAUUCAAGACUACAGGAACAAGCAGAUGAUGGGUCUCGGUUCUCUGUUUGGAGAAGGAGACCUGCAGCACCUUGAUGGAGACCCAGUGAAGGAGAAACAAGUGGUGGACAGACAGGUCACCGCCCUCUGGGAGAUAUUAUCAAAGCAUGAAGAGGACAGAAGUUCUCCUCUGGCAUCAGCUGUGCUCUUAUACCUUCGUCAUUCUGGCAUCAAGCUCAGAGACUCGAAAGUCUUCCCUGGUCUAAGUACAGAGAAGGAGAAGUGGCUCACUUUCUUAAAAACGAAAAAGCUGAGCGGCGGCAAGAGAGAAAAAGAGGGAGAGGAUAAAAAAAGAAAUCCCAUCCUGAAGUACAUCGGCAAACCCCGGACCACAUCCCAGUCCACAUUCCAUGUCCCGUUGUCACCCACCGAAGUACGUCCCGGCAGUGUGAGGAACAUCAUUCAGCAGUUUGAGAAUCACACAGAGACGACAGGAGAGGAGGGCGGUGAGGCGGCAGACCCGCAGAGGCUGUCCUCCAGCAGCCUGGGAGAAGACAGCAUGGACAGCCCUACGGUGUCAGUGCGUCUGGCUCGAAGCGAGUCGCUAAAGGCUCAGGGGGAAGGACGUCGGCGGGGCGUAGCCUCAGGGACUGAGUCUGUCCCUCGCUCUCGUAGCGAUGUGGACAUGGAGGACUGUGGGGAGGAGAGGGAAGGACCGGGCCUCAGGCCGCUGCAGCACAGUGCUUCAUCUUCUGCAUCCAGCAGCUCUGCUAGGUCUCUAGAGAACCCUACACCCCCAUACACCCCUCGGUCUAGACGCAGGAGCAUGGACUCACCAUUGGUCCCACUGCAAGACGCUGCAGCGCUGGAGGAUGAAGUGUGGGAUGGUCAGAACUGGCAGGACACAGUUUCUCCUCAGCUCCUUGCAACACUCAACCAGAGAGAGGUGGACAGACAGGCUGUCAUAUAUGAGUUGUUUACCACUGAGGUGUCCCACCUGAGAACCUUACGAGUCCUGGACCAGGUUUUUUACCAGAAGAUGAGGUCUGUGCUGAACUCUGACGAACUGGCCUGCAUCUUCCCGAACUUGCACCAGGUCUACGAACUCCACGCAAGUCUUUGUGAGGCAAUGACGAAGCAAAGAGAAACUCCCAUUGUUCAGGACAUCGGGGAUGUUAUGCUGGCCAGGUUCGAAGGUGCAGCUGGAGACGAGUUUCAGGAAAAAGCAUCCCAGCUGUGCUGCCAGCAGUCUCAAGCUCGGGACCUCAUCAAAAACAAACGUCGUAAAGACCCUCGCUUCGCUCAGAUCAUCCAGGAGUGUGAGGCGAGUCCUCACUGUCGCAGGCUGCAGCUCAAAGACCUUCUGGUGUCAGAGAUGCAGAGAGUCACCAAAUAUCCUCUGCUGCUGGACAACAUCAUCAAACACACAGAAGCUGGUUCGUCAGACCUCCCGUCACUGCAGCGUGCACAAGCUUGUUGCCGAGGGAUACUGCAGGCUGUCAACGAGGAUGUCAGGGAAACAGAACAUCGGCAACGCCUCAUCCAGUACCAACGCAGACUGGAUGCUGGGCCUCAAUUCAAGAAUCUGGAUCUCACCAAAAAGAGAAUGAUCCAUGAAGGUCCCCUCACCUGGAAAAUUAGCAAAGACAAGCAGAUAGAGAUCCAGGCGCUGCUGCUGUCGGAUUGGCUGAUGCUUCUUCAGAAAGGCCCAGAUGAUCGGCUGCAGCUGCGAUUUCCAUCCCGCUGGAUGGGAGGAGGCGGAGGAGGCGGUGGAGACAGCAAGCUCUCCUUUUGCCCUAUGGUGAAGCUGGAUUCACUUCUUGUCCGCCCAGUAGCUACAGACAACAAAGCGUUGUACAUCAUCAGCACCACAGAGAGGCAGAUCUACGAGCUGGUGGCUGGAUCACCGUCAGAGAAAAACAACUGGAAAGAUUUACUAGAAAAGACCAUCGCUUUGGCUGGUGGUUCAUCACCUCUGAUCAAUCAUGGAUCAAUGCCUAUAGCUAUGCGCAGUGCAUCCCCAGUCUCAACAGGCAGCAAUGCCUAUGGAGAAAACUCGAUGACGGAGCAGUCAGAUUCCAUGGAGACUCAUUCCUCCAAUGAUGAUGUGCUCUCAGAUAACACACCUACGGACCAAUCAGGAGCUUUCAUCUGCGGUGAAAGACAAGCAGUCGGUGUGGCAGAGGCUGCUUUGCAAGACGUCGAAACACUACGGCAGCUCAUAUUACAAGAUCUCGAAGAGGACGGUUGGAGCCACGAUUCAGACGAUACACCCACCAAUGAGACGGCCAACGAAAGAAGCUCAUUCAUUGAAAGACAGCGACCGGAGUCUCUGGAGACUGUCCUUAACUUCAGCACCAAUGAAUGGGAGGCUGAGCCAGAUGAGGCUCUCCUCCCAGACGCCGCACAGCCCAGCGUUCAGGUUGUGAGGAAAGCUGUGGUUGCGGGUUCUUCUUCUUCUGUCCCUGAUGGCAUCACUGAUGAUGCCACCCUCCCCUCCGAUCAAUCAUCCAAGUCAAGAGGCGAAGCCAAAGCGCAGGGGAACACUUUCUACUUGGUAAUGCCGACAGAACAGGGAGAGAGCGCCACUGACGACCUCAAUGACCCUCCCACUCCCACCGCCAGCCACUUCCCUCAGCCCCUGGAGGAAGUGGUGUCACCACAGAUGCAGCCAGAGGAGGAAACGCCCGCCUGCGGUCCAGAGUCCAACCAAUCAGAGGCUAUGCAACCGGAGCAGGAAGAAGAAACGGGCAAGUCGCAGGCUGGGCAGCAGAGUCACGUGAUUAAAAAUGUGGAUGAGAUUUUUCACACAAUCGAGGGGCUGAUGAGCAAGUUGCGGCAGCUGAAGGAAAUAGAAAGGGCCCAUCACAAACUUCUAGAAACCCUCAGAGAACCAUCCGUUGGUCAGGAGUCAGAGGACCAACAGUGUCGCUCGGCAACCGUCUCCAGGACGCCCUCUCUGGAUCGCAGCUCAGGAGACGGCAAAGACGGCGCUCCAGCAGAUUCCAAAAUUCUGUCAACUGGAUUCUGACGUCGCUGCGGAGUAGAUUUAUUCGCAGUCACUCAAUCUGCACUGUUGGCACACAGACACACCAAUAUGUACCUACCUUCAGACUUGGGCACCCCAGACCCGCCUCCCCUCGCCUCUUGUUCCCCCACAUACCAGCCAGUGGCGCAGAAACUUGGAAAGACCAUCGGCUUGUUUUUAGUUUCUGUUGCCCUGGAAGAUGGAGAAAGGUCGUCAGACUCACCGAGGUUCCUGAGGUCAGCACAACCUGCAUGAGGGACUCCAGGGGAACUGAGGAAAAAAGUAUGAAGGAUCAAAAAGACUGAAGACACGUUGACUGGUGAAGAGAAAAGAAAAAGUUGGAAGAACUGGAAAGUGGAAAAAAUGACCAAGUUGGAUAUUUUUGCGAAGGAAACAUGAACUUGUAUGUAGCUUUUAAGAGCUGGUUGAAGGAACGGAACAGAAAAGUGUUGAAAUGUUAAUUUAAGGAAAAAAAAAUCCGAGGGACCCGUCACCCCAGCACUUUACCCACAAUGCAUCUCUCUGUCAUGUACGUCCCCUACAGUGGACAGAUCAGGGACUGGAGGAUUCAGGCUUCAUUUAAGGGGGGUGAUGCUUGAGCCAAGAUGAACUACGGGGGUCCCCUCCUCCCUCCACUGGUUGCUUUACACUGAUCUCACCUGCCGCCUCGGCCGAAGGACUGUGUCUAUAUAAUUCAGGUUAUUUGCACUGGGUAAGGAAACCAAUCUCACACGUUCACACGAGCAUCAUUUAACCUGCUCAUUCAUCUCAAACGUUCACUGUGGAAGAAACGCUAACGUUCAUUUUGCUCAUAUGCUUAAAGCCUCCUUUUCAGCUACAAGAAGGAAGUUUACCAGUUCAACAUGUUGACCCUUACAAGGUUCACGUUGAUUGUACAGUUUGACAUUUUGGGAAAACACUACUGCGCUGUUUACUACUGAGAAAUGCUGGCAGGUUUUAUUCAAAGCGCUUCUUCGCAGGCGUACAGGGAUUCAUACAACGAGCUCAGCGGAUUCACUGCAGCUGUUCUGAUCAUUUAAAGUUGCUUAGGUUUAAACGUUUCAGGAUGCUUUGGGGAAAAGAUUCGGGACAGGCAAUGCUGACGACGAGUGUGAGGAAACGGCAAAUACAGAUUCAAAUUAAAAAACUUGAAUUUUCAGUGAAAACCUGUUGGUUACUCACUUUGCUGCCAAGUAUCGCCCUGACAUCGCCUGUCUACACUUUAAGGUGAACACUGCAUCCUUCAGCCCUCUCUCCUGUGUGUCCUGUAAAUGUGUAGUGAUUUCCACGGUAAAUACUGUGAACCAGCAACUUCUCCCAUCCAUUAAUCUUCCCAUGCAUAGUGUUAAUAUCUUCCUCGCCUACAUCCAAAGCCAUGAAGGGACUGCACUCUGUACCAAGUAGUUUUCCAGUUGGAAGUUCUGUUAAGCGGGAGAAAGAAAAAGCUUUGGGAUAAUGGUUAGAUUCUUUGGGAAAUGCGCUCGCUUUCUUGCCUUGCCAGCUGCUUCACAGAGCUCAAACUGGACACUGAUCCUAAAGUUAUGCAAUCCACUUGCCAGCACCUCCAAAGCUCAAUACAAGAGUUUGGCAAACUCACAGUCAUGAAAAGACUUCAGGAAUGAACGUAGCUUAGAAAUAGUCCAAUAUGUAGCUCCCCAAAAACCACACACACAAGAUAAACCAAACAAGAUGUAACUAUGGACUGUAUAAACAAUGGAUGUAGCCUCCAGAUGUGAAAAGUGAAGCUAAUGCAGAAGUGAUUAAAAGCUGCAUUCCUUCUUAUAGCCAGCAGGGGGCGACUGCUGGCUAUAACAAAAAAUAUUGUAUAGAAAUGUAUAGGUAAAUUACUGCACUUUUCACUUGAUUUUUUAGCUCAGUGAACAUUUUCUGAAAGAGUUUCUGGUCUCAAUCACUAGUUUCAACUCUCCUUCCAUCCAAAAAGGUGUUCGCUUUGUAAAUUAUGGCCCCAUUCACAGUAAAAAAGUCAUUAAUGCAAGGUCAAACAGUCAACAAACCAGUGUUUACCAUCAGUGGUUAAAUCCAUUUUUUAUAUACAGUCCAUGGUUAUAACGUGAUCAUUUGUAGCUUUAUAGGCAGGUGGAUUUUGUUACUUUUGGACAGAACCAGGUUUGCUGUUUCUCUCUGUUUGAAAUGCUUAUGCUAAGCUAAUUAGCUGCUGGCUAAAGCUCAGAAUCUAAAGCACAGACAUGAGAGUGAUAUUGGUGUUCUCAUCUGACUUUGGGCAUAAAAGUUAAAUGAGCAUAUUUCCCAGGAGUCGAUGUUUUUCUUGAAGUAUUUUUACAUCAUAUGUAGGAAUUUUUCUUUUCUUUGGCGUUCAGAAGCGCCACCUUGGUUGAGGUAUGUGUAACCAGCAAAUAAUAACACUGAAGCCAAGUGCUUUUCUCUUAUUUUUUUUCCCUCAAACUACAUAUGACUGGUACUAACACAAAUAGAGGAUGAAAAUAUGUAUUUAAACUGUGACAAACAAAUAACUUCUUUUUGAGAAGUUCUUAGCGUAGCAGUUUAAAUGGGUUUCUCUAAUUCUUUCGAGAAAAACACUACAUUAAAUUUGAUUUGAGCUGGUUUCAUUAACAAACAGCUUCCAAACUGACAAUAAAUAGACAACCACACUGACCCAGUCCAGCAGUAAAACACAUUUUACACACUGUCUGCCACCGAUUCCACUAUCAAAGUGACAUUUCACUGCCUGGUGGAAGGUUUUCACUCUUUAGCCAUGAAGGAGGAGUGAUGGGAAGUUACAUAUGUCCAAGAAAAAAACUGAAAUGCAAAUAAGAAACCAGAGCAGUGCUACUGAUCGCCAGGACGAUUGAUUUUUUUUUUUUUUUUUAAUCGCAGCUGACCCCUGAAAUUUGUGCUCAAAUGUUCUACCAAAGUGAAAUAUUUCUUCAGAGGUGUCGAAGGGAACCCUUUUAUUUUCUUCACGUUUUGGCUGCUGAUUUUUCACCACCUUAGACCAGGGACUGAAGUUUUGUCUAUCUGCACAUAAUCAACACUUCCUUUAUGGUUUUAUCCAUAAUUCAACACAAAAAAUAGGUCUGAGCUGGUUGAAUCAGAAUCUCCUCUAAAAAUCUUUCCUCUUUUUUCCUCUCCGUCUCAACAGCAUUUUUCAUCUCCAGUUUCUACCUCUACACUUCAGUUUCUUUGUACCUUCGAUGAUUUCUUUUUCAAACAUUUAUCUUGUACAUUGACAUCAGCGUUGAGGCCCUAAGCGGCUGUAAAGAAGCUAUAACUGAUUCCAUUUUUUACAAAACAUGUUGCACAAACAAAACUUCCCUGCACAGUGCAAACUACUGUAUGCAUAAACACGUCUUUUAACUAUCAUCUCAUUGUCUUUUUAUUUUGUCUUUUUUUAAAAACAAAAAAUCUUGUUCACACGUGUAAUAUAGAGAGAUCAGACCCACUUGUUUUAUAUCUGUUAAUUUUUUUUCUGUAAAGCCUUAGUGCUCGUAUUUGAUUUUAUUUUUGUAGAUAUGAUUUUAAAAAAAGGAUGUAUAAAUUAUUUUCUUCUCCUUUGUUUUUAAAAUUGGUGAGAUUGUUAGCUGCACAGAAGGAAAAAAAAAGCUCAUGUCUCAGAUUCAUGUGUUUUGUGAGAUUAAAAAGAAACUGGAUAAAGAAAAUGA